AUGGUCUCUAAACUCAGGAAACUUGGUCUAAACACCUCCCUCUGCAACUGGGUUCUGGAAUUUCUCGCAGGCAGACCCCAGGUUGUGAGAAUGGGCCAGACCAUCUCGAACACCAACACCCUGAGUACAGGUGCACCACAGGGAUGUGUCCUCUGCUUUACUCUCCGUGUGUCCUCUCAUAGCUCCACUUCUAUCAUCAAGUUUGCAGAUGAUACAGUCGUAUUGGGCCUCAUCUCUAACGAUGAGGUACCCUACCUCGACGAGGUGGAGAAACGGGAUGUCAGUUUUUUCAGUUCUCUGAAGGCCAGCUUCAUGGGUGGACUGGUGGAGGUGGGGGGAUCUGCCAAGUAUCUGCAUGACACUAAAUCCACAAACCAACAGUCCAGAGUAACAAUGUAUUACAGUGAAACCACAAGAUUUGAACAGCUCACUAUGACCCACCUUAGCAAAUUCACCAACCCUCAGGUGUUUGACCAAAAAACUGCAACUCAUGUGGUCACAGCUGUACUGUACGGAGCUCAAGCCUUCCUGGUGUUUGACCGGACACUUUCAGAAGACGAAAACAAGCAAAAGAUUGAGGGACAACUGAAUGUCAUGGUCAAGAAUAUCCCUACAUUUUCUAUUCAAGGAGAAGGAGCUGUAAAAAUGAACGAUGAUGAGAAGAAGAUAGCCGAGAAUAUCAGCUGCACGUUUCAUGGUGACUUUCAUCUUGAGCAGAACCCCACCACAUACAUGGAAGCCCUGCAGGUGUACAAGCAGCUCCCCAAUCUGCUGAAGGACAAUCCACAGAAUGUGAUUCCAGUAAAAGUCUGGCUGUAUCCUCUUCAUCUGUUAGACACGCAGGCAGCUCGGCUGGUGAGAGAUGUCAGCACAAGCCUGGUGUCAAAAACUGAAGCUGUAAUGGAGGUUCUGGAGGAGCUAGAGAGGAGAUGCAAUGACCUGUUCACUAGUACAAUGGUUAAUGUUUUCAGUGACAUUAAAGAGAGGCUGAGCUCAUUUCAGAGUUCAUUCAGCACUUACAAGCUGGUUUUUCAGAAAGCACUGUGCAAAGUCUUGCCAGCUAUUCGAGGAGGAGGAGAGGAUGAGCAGUCACUAGUAAACAUCUUGGAGAUUCACAAAAACUCCGCUUUUAAUGCCAGCAUGCAAUGGUUAGAUGACGUAAAGUUUGAACUUGACCUCUUGAGUUCCUACACCAAAUCUCUGAAGGUGAUCAAAGCUGUAGACGCAGAAGGUCUGAGCACCAUUCUCCUUAAUCCUGAUAUUGAUUUUGUGGUGUGCUUGACCUUUACAUCACUGAGGUAUGAAGACCAAUAUCUUUCAAGCCUAAAAGAGUUCCUGGAAUCUGACAAGUUUAAGAAGCUUGAAGGAAACCAAACUUUUCAUUCUGUGGAAUCUGACUCAAAGUGGUUCAACAAUGCAGAUGUCAUCACAAGUAUGAGAGAGACCUUAUCUCUCUACAAAAUCUUCUCUGAGGCCAAUAAAGAGGAUAAGAAAAUGUGCUUUAUCAUUUCUGCCAUCUCCGAUUCCUCUAGUCCAGGCUCCUCCAUCUAUCUGUAUGAACAAGGCAAACUGACAGACAAACGGUUUCAGCCUGUGUCCAAGCCACCCGCACCCACAGUGAAGAGCAUCCAGGGAAACACUGUGUCCCUGAAACUGCAGAAGUCUCAAACUGGAGAAACAGCACAGUACAGCGUGGAAUACAGACCAGAAGAGAAAGAAAAGUGGCUUAUCACAAACACAGCUGAUGAAGAUUUUACUCUGACUGGACUGGAGUCUGAUAAGCAGUAUUUGAUGCAUUACAAGAUAGUGGGUAGAGUGGGAGUGAGUGAAGCCAGUGAUACUGUCACUCUUUAUUUAAGUAAAUCUCUACCUGUGAUUGUGGGAGGGACAGGAGGUGGUGCAUUCUGCUUUAUGAGUAAUUCAGAGAACACCAUCCAGAAGAUUCGCAUUACUUAUAACAAGGUCUCCUUUAACACAAUCCAGGUAACUUUUAACAAUGGCAACGUGAUUAACGUUGGUGGAGUACCAGAAAAUGACCAUGCAGAAUGUGUCUUUGACAAAGAUGAGAAAAUUCUCGCUGCAAGGCUGUGGCCAAAUGUUAGAAAUGACAGGGUUGCAGGUUUGCAAUUUGAGAUUGCAAAAAGCAAUGGUGAAAGAAGAACAUUCUCAGUCAAGUGUCUACUGCUUGGUCAGCCUGUGAGUCUUGAUGUGAAGUCAGGAAGAUGUUAUGGCAUUAUAGGGAGAAGUGGAUCGCAAAUUGACGCUCUGGGAUUUUACUUUAUUUAA